AUGAGUACAACGCAGCGGAGCGAGAGCAUGAAUGCCUUUUUUGAUGGGUAUGUUCAUGCUAAGACGAACUUGAAGGAGUUUGUCGAUCAGUUUGAUAACGCAUUAAAAAAAAUUGAGAAUGAAAAUGCUGCGGACUUCCACUCAUUUAGUGUCACAAUCCCCUGCAUAUCUAAAUCUCCAAUUGAGAAAAAGUUUCAAGAUUUGUACACUAAUUCUAAAUUCAAGGAAGUACAACAGCAAGUGACCGGUAUGAUUGAUAUGAAUCCUAAGUUAUAUAAGGAUGGUGGUGCAGUAAAGACCUAUAUGGUAAAGGAUGAAAUCCAUAUGGCAGACUUUGCUAAGCUGGUUAUGUAUUAUGUGGAGUUUUGUGAAAAAGAUUCAUCUACUCAGUGUUCUUGUGGAUUAUUCCAGAUGAGGGGGAUAUUAUGUAGGCAUCUUUUGUCUGUUUUUAGAUUGCACGAGAUUACAAUUUUGUCAGAUAUGUACAUUUUAGAUCGAUGGAGAAAGGAUAUCAGGAGGCGAUACACGUUGAUCCACAGUAGCUUUGAUGCAGGGGAACAACGGGCAUAUUCUAAUAGACAUUCAGAGUUGUUGAAUAUCUGUUAUCAGAUGAUUACUCUUGUCGCGGGUACGAAAGAGCAUACUCAGGACGCAAAAGCUAAGUUAUUUGCAAUGAUUGACUUGUAUCGUGCCAACCAAGAAUUCUCAUCCAUGACUCAAACGGGUUCCAAUGUUCCAAUAUCAGCAGGGGCACAAGUACUGUUGGGGGUUCUGGGCAAAUACGCAGUCCACAUGUUAUGCGUGGGAAAGGUACCUCCAUCUCUAAGGAGAGCAUCCAGGAUGGAGAAGGAUAUGCGGAAAGUUAAAGCGAAAGCAAAGAAAGCUCAAGAAAAAGGGAAACGCAAAGAGCGACAUGAAGGAGAUACACCCAUCUUGGACACAAAAAGAUCUUUAUUUGGCGAUUCAGAGAUGGAUAUAUCAUUUGCUGGACAUGUGCAGGCUGUUCCAGGAAGCACACCUUUUGACCCAAGUGGAACUCAGGUCCGAGAAACAAUGGUUCAGAGUCAAGAAAGUGAUGUUAUACUCAAGUGUUGUUUGAUGUCCAAAACCAAUGAUGUGCAGGGUAGACGAUUUGGUGUGCAGGACGUUAGUUGGCCAUUCUGGGUAGACGCAAAGAGGACGUGUUUUGAUGGGAUGUUGUUGCCGUGA